AUGUCUAAGACGCCCAAUCCAGAGUUCACCAAAGACGGUACCGUGGUCGACCUGGCUGAGCCAGACGAGCGUCCACAAUAUAGGUCUUUUGUUUCUGCUUUCCUAUCAAGGAAGAGGAGCGUAGACCCUGACAGCAUUGCCACUACACGCAGCGUUUUCGACGACCCUGUACUGGCAAAAUACUAUCAGCCUCAUCCCCAGUACGAGAACUUGCACCGAUUCGACCCCAACGAAAGAUGGACGCACCGCGAAGAGACCGCUGUGCGUCGCAAAUGCGACAUAAAGAUCUUCCUCUGGAUUCUUGUUAUGUUCUUCGGUCUGAACCUCGACCGAGGCAAUCUGGGCAAUGCUUCCGCCGACAAUCUACUGGAUGAUUUGAACAUCAACACGAAUGACUACAACAACGCGCAGAACAUGUACCGGAUUGGAUUUCUGAUUGCAGAGAUUCCAUCCCAAAUGAUUGGAAAACGACUUGGUCCUGAUCGAUGGAUCCCCGCGCAGAUCAUCAUGUGGAGCCUGGCGUCGGGAGGUCAGUUCUUCAUCCACAAUCGCGCUGGGUUCUUUGCUUGUCGCUUCUUCCUGGGGUUCUUCAUGGGUGGUUUUAUUCCGGACGCGAUCUUGUAUCUCUCAUAUUUCUACACCAAGUCGGAGAUGCCUCUUCGGCUGGCGUUCUUUUGGUUCGUUGACUCUAUCUCUGGUGUCAUUGCAUCGUUCAUCGCCUACGGAGUCUUGCAUAUGCGUGGUGUUCAAUCUCGCCCCGGAUGGCAAUGGUUGUUCCUCAUUGAAGCCUUGAUCAGUAUCGUUAUCGGUUUCCUGAGUUUUUUGUUCCUCGUCCCGGGACCGACACAAACCAAAACCUGGUGGAACCCGAGUGGCUACUUCACGGAGUGCGAGGAAAAGAUUAUCGUCAACCGUGUCCUCCGCGACGAUCCAUCCAAAGGAGACAUGCACAACCGUCAAGCCUUAUCACUGGGUAUGCUGUGGAAAAGUCUCAAAGACUACGAUCUGUGGCCGAUCUACAUCAUCGGUAUUCUGUUUGAGAUCCCCACCGGGCCACCGAAAGGAUAUCUCAGUUUAUCCCUCAAGGCGAUCGGAUUCAGCACGUUUGAGACAACACUCCUCGGAAUCCCAGUCACCGUAUUCGCCGCUAUCAACCUGCUCAUCAUCACCGAAAUCACCGAGCGAUUCCACCAGAUUUCAAUCGUGGGCAUUUUCACCCAGCUCUGGUCUCUGCCGCUGCUCAUCGUUCUCUACACAUCCGCCAGCUCGCUCUCCAGCUGGGGUCUGUACGCGGUUACAUUCGUGCUUCUGGGUUGGCCCUCUCCUCAUGCUGCUCAUGUCGGCUGGACUUCUCGAAUUAGUAACGCCGUGCGAACCCGAACCGUUAGCGCGGCCGUGUACAAUAUUACCAUCCAAUUGUCCGGAAUCGCGUCAUCGAACAUCUAUCGCGAGGAUGACAAACCAUAUUAUCAUCGGGGAGACGGCCAACUUAUUGCAAUCAAUGUUGCCACUAUUGUAGCAUACGUUCUGGCGAAGGUGUACUAUGCAUGGCGGAACAAGUGGAAGAAGGCCAAGUGGGAGGCGAUGAGCGAGCAGGAGAAAGCGCAUUAUUUGGAUACGACUAGCGACGAGGGAAACAAGCGACUGGACUUCCUCUUUGAUAGUUAG